AUGGAUGCAGGGGAUUCAGGAAACACCUCCGAGGUGGAAGAUCAGCUGAAAACAUGGGGAUCUGGGUCUGAUGCCCAGUCUGUGGUGGCCCCGGUCGCCGACGACGCAGGCAGCGCGCAUCCACUUAGCGAUUGCGGCAUUGGCCAUCGCGUGCUCGCCAGCCGCUCUGUGCUCGCGUUGGCUGUGGAUGAAGAAUGUGUAUUUGCGGGGCUCCAGGGCGGCGACAUCGUGGCCUGGUCUCUAGAUACGUAUGACCUAGUGUUGUCGGUGCAUGCUCACAAGGAAAGCGUACUCAGUCUAUAUCUCUCAGAAGACCUGAAUCUCUUAUUCUCUAGCGGAGGCGAUUCCAUCGUCAACGUGUGGUCAACUAAUACGUUUGAGCGACUGUACUCAAUCUACUCGCAUCAUGACGUGGGCGAUAUCUUUACUGUGGCAUACUCUGUAAGGUAUCAAACAAUCUAUUGCGGGGCUCAAAAUACCAGCAUUCAGUGGUGCGAAUUAUCGGAAGAAGGGUCAGCUCCGAGUCAUGCAUCAGCAACACAUCUUUCGAAGAGGACACAUCGUUUCUUCGACUCCAAAGGACCUGAUGGAACGCGCGCUCCCCGUCCAUCCGAUGCAGCUCAUUCUGUGUCAGAAGGUGGCCGCGUGUUAGCAUUCAAGAGGGACCACCACAAGUUAUUCGCUCAUCAUGGCUAUAUCUACUCCAUGCUGCUCGUUCCAGGAUUAAUAGAGUCGGCUCCAUCUGAAGAAGCCCUACUGACUGGCGGAGGCGAUGGAGCCGUCAAACUAUGGCGUUUGGGCGAAGAGCCCGGGUCAGCUCCAACCCAGGUCGCCAAGCUACAGAACAAUGACUCGGUUCUGUCUAUUGCAGUUGAAGGGUCACUGCUCUACUGUGGUCUUGCAGGGGGUGCCUUGAACAUCUGGAAUCUUGAUUCCCAACAGCUUGUCAAGCGCAUUGUUAGACACACUGGCGAUCUGUGGGCUGUCCAUGUCAUCCAGGGGGUCGCUAUCUGCGGUGAUGCAUCUGGAAUAGUCAAAAAGUUCAAUUCUCGAUUCGAGGAAAUUGGCGGUUGGAUUGCCCACGACGGUACAAUGCUCGCCUCGGCUGUGGGCCGAGUGAAGGAUCGCCAUAUCUAUGCCACCGGCGGGAAUGACAAUUCUGUCGGUAUCUGGGAUUUGACCGAGUUCUUCCUCGCUCAGGAAGAGCUGCCUCCAAUCAGCAAUGACGAGAUGGUCAACACGUUGGCCAAGUUUGUAACAUACAAGACGAUCUCCGCGAGCCCCAAAUUCACCGGUGAAUGCAAUCAGGGAGCGGCGUUCCUGCGUCGGCAUUGUAACUACCUCGGCGCAAAGACAAAGCUGCUUACCACAGGCGAAGAUACCAACCCAAUUGUGUAUGCUCGGUUUGGCGCCACCUCAACUGAGAAGUUUGACAAGACCAUUUUGUUCUACGGUCAUUACGACGUCGUGGGUGCAGAUACGAACCGUCUCAAGUGGAACUCGGAUCCUUACCAGCUGACUUCAAUCAACGGAUUCCUCUAUGGACGAGGCGUUUCCGAUAAUAAGGGGCCGAUCCUGGCGUCUUUGUAUGCCGCAGCGGACCUAGCGCGGACAAAACAGCUUCGCUGCAACGUCGUCUUCCUCAUUGAAGGCGAAGAAGAGUCUGGCUCACAAGGAUUCCAUCAAGCUGUCCGAGAGCACAAGGCUCUAAUCGGACCGGUUGACUGGAUUUUGCUUGCCAAUAGCUACUGGCUGGAUGAUUACAACCCUUGCUUGACUUACGGCCUUCGAGGUGUGGUGCAUGCCAAUCUCGUCGUAACAAGCCAUCACCCGGAUCUUCAUAGUGGUAUUGACGGCAGUGCCCUACUGGAUGAACCGGUGAAAGAUCUUUCUCUCCUGGUGUCCACCAUCGUGGGUAGAAAAGGCCAAAUCAACUUGCCUGGUUUCCGCGAUCCUGUCCGGCCCCUCACAGACGCUGAACAGAAACGAUUUGAAGCUAUUGCGGAUGUUUUGCUGCCUCAACAUCCAGGUAUCCCUAACCGGGAGGCUCUGGUGAAAUCGCUGAUGUACCGCUGGCGUGAGCCGUCGUUGACGGUGCACUCGAUGGAGGUACCUGGGAGCAAAAACGCAACAACCACGAUUUCUCGGAAAGCCAAGACGAGCCUCUCGAUCCGUAUUGUGCCUGAUCAGCAAGCAGAUGAAGUUGCGGCAAACCUCACAGCUUUCGCCCAGGAACAAUUCGACCUGCUAGAGUCUCAAAACGAACUCACCGUCGAGAUUACGGGCAAGUCAGAUCCCUGGUUGGGCGAUCCCGACAGCGAGAUCUAUGCCACUCUGUCCGAGGCUAUCACCGCCGCAUGGGCCCCUCAUCAACGUACAUCGAAACAUGAUUACCCCUCUAUCGCGCAAGGGAUCAAUGGGCAUUCGGCGGCUACCAACAAACCCAUCACUCCAUCACUUCUCCGGAAUGACUCUUCCGACAGCCUCGCAUCCCACGUGGACCGCGUCAUUACUUCAACCACUACCUCAUCCUCCGCCAAAAAUGCACACAAGCGGCCUUUCACAUCCGCUUCGACGGCCCCCCAGGCCGAGACAGCUCUGCCGAUUCAGGCAAAGUCUGCGACUCAAUCCGAAGACUCUCUAAGACCUAGCCCAGUAUCUCCAGAUGCGUCUAGCGGGGUCGUGAAGCCAAUCUUCAUCCGAGAGGGUGGUUCGAUUCCAACAAUCCGGUUCCUUGAAAAGGAAUUCUCAGCGCCGGCUGCUAACUUGCCAUGCGGCCAAGCUAGUGACAAUGCACACUUGGACAAUGAGCGCAUGCGUGUGGAGAACCUCUACAAGAGCCGAGAUAUCUUCCGAUACGUAUUUGCUCAUUUGGUUGAUAAGAAAUAG